AAAUGUAACAGGAGGACACAAGAGGCUCUUUCAUGUCUCUUUCAAAGCAUGUGCUUGAGCAAGCUUCGGUAAUCAUGACUGGCUUCAUCCUUCACAUGUAAGUAUACUACAAAUUCAAAGCUCCUCCUCCACAAGUGGAAUAUCCCAGCGCACUCCGUAUUUUACCCUUUAUUACAUGCCUUUACUAGCACACAUGGUUGAAAACAUACGGAUAGAGCUUUCAACCACCAACAAGUAAUAGAAGGAACUCAACAGCAAAGUCCACAGCUCAAUCUUUGUCUGCCAUUGGUGAGGUUCAGAAACUUUCAUAACCGGAACUUGUCUGCCAUUGGUGAGGUUCAGAAACUUUCAUAACCGGAACCCGUUUUCUGUUUUAAGGUCUUGGUGUCAAAGUCUCUCCAGAAUUUAUAUUGCACAGGUAGUUUCUGGCUUUGCUAUGAUGGUAUGGUGGUGAACAACUCCGUUUUUUGUGCUUCGCCUAGUUUUGUUGAAGAAGGGGAAGCUGUAAUGGAGGGUUUUACUGAAAAGAAUGAAGGCAUUGAAGACAGAACUGAACGGUGCAAGGAAAAUAGGGGUCGGGUCGAAACAUUCGGGUAUUUGAUUGAAGAAGAGCGACGUGAGAGCAGUUCGAGCUCUGAUUUUUUGACAUCCGAGACAACAGGGCAUGAGGAACAGAGUCACAGUAGCUCCGAGUCAUCUUCGCCACCUUUAUUGGGUUGGCCGAUUCAGAAAGCUGAGGUGCCUGAUUGCACCAGUACUAAUGGUACAGAAGAUGAAAAGAAACCCCAUUUGGGUGACAGAAUAUUCGAGAAACAAGGUUCAGAAAUAUCAGAGAUUGAGAUGAUGAAAGAGAGAUUUUCAAAAUUGUUGCUUGGAGAAGAUAUGUCAGGUUGUGGAAAUGGGGUUUGCACGGCAUUGUCUAUUUCAAAUGCUAUUACUAAUCUUUGUGCCACUAUGUUUGGGCAACUUUGGAGGUUGGAACCUCUACCACUUCAGAAAAAGGUGAUGUGGCGAAGGGAGAUGAACUGGCUUGUUUGUGUUAGCGAUUACAUUGUCGAGUUGAUACCUACUUGGCAGACAUUUCCAGAUGGAAGCAAACUUGAGAUCAUGACUUGCAGACCCCGCUCAGAUCUCUAUGUUAAUCUCCCAGCCCUACGUAAAUUGGAUAACAUGCUUCUUGAAAUAUUAGAUAGUUUUGUCAAUACAGAGUUCUGGUAUGUUGACCAGGGUAUUCUGGCCCCAGAUGCUGAUGGGUCAUCCUCUUUUAGAAAAGCACUUCAGCGCCAAGAGGAGAAGUGGUGGUUGCCUGUGCCCCGAGUGCCUCCUAAUGGCCUCCACGAGAAUUCUAGAAAGCAGUUGCAGCACAAGCGUGAUUGUACGAAUCAAAUUUUAAAGGCUGCUAUGGCUAUCAACAAUAUUGCUUUAGCUGAUAUGCAAGUCCCUGAGUCGUAUUUGGAAGCUCUUCCAAAGAAUGGAAGAGCCAGCUUGGGGGAUCUCAUAUAUCGCUAUAUUUCAUCAGAUCAGUUUUUUCCUGAAUGUCUGCUUGCUUGCCUUGACUUAUCUUCUGAACAUCAAGCUAUAGAAAUUGCUAAUAGAGUGGAGGCCUCAAUCUUUGUGUUUCGCAAAAGAACAAACUCAAAACCAGCCAAUAGUACAACCCGAUCCAAUUCAAAAUCAUCAUGGGAAAUGGUUAAGGAGCUGAUGGUUGAUGCUGAAAAAUGGGAAUUGCUAGCAGAAAGAGCAGAAAGCCUACUGCUUUGCUUGAAGCAGCGAUUCCCUGGUCUCCCACAGACAACCUUAGACAUGAGCAAAAUCCAGUACAAUAAGGAUGUUGGGAAAUCAAUUCUUGAGAGCUACUCGAGAGUGUUGGAGAGCCUGGCCUUUAAUAUUGUAGCACGUAUUGAUGAUCUGCUAUACGUGGACGACUUCACCAAACAUUCAGAUCAAUUCUCAUCACUCUCCAAAGUUGGCGUGAUUGCUCGCAGGAGUGUGCCGAUAUCAUUUUCAGUGCCUGCCUCAAGCACUCCAUAUAAAUCGGCUUUCACCUCACCUAGCUUUUCACCAUCGCAGCGAGUUAGCCCUUCGAAGGGAGAAAGAUCUCCGCUCAUGACUAGCAGCAAGAUUCCAAAUCGUGGGAUAGGCGUGAAAAAAGUUCUAACAGAUUAUCUUAGCAUCGAUACCAAUCUAAAGGACAAUGAAAAUCCUUCUGAGAGAUCAGAUACAAGACCAAACACAAUACGAGAAGCGUCAGUAUCUCAAACUGGAGUAGAGUCUGCUCACUGUACAAAGGACUCUAUUGUAGAAGAAUGAACCUCGAGCUUGGGGCCUUCUGAGCUCCUUUUCAGUAUUUGUAUUCUAAGGCAGCCCUUUCAUGCAUGUUUUUCAUAGACAACAAGGUAUAUAUAUAUAUAUGAGAUUCGGAAGGCUUAUCUUGUAUUUUAGAUCUUGUAACGAGAUGUCUUUAGUGGUGAUUAGUCGAAUGCUUCGUGUUU